UCCCGUCCGUCAUUCGAGCCUCAAAUAGUUGUGUGGGCUGGGCGGGGUCAGGCGUGGGGAGGCCGCGCCCACCGAGACUCUCACCCCCGGCCGUCAGGGCUUCCCUGCCAGUCUGCACUGGUCGUCCUCGCUCAGGGAGCAGCAUCCAGCGCAGUGGCCAGUGUAUGGUGGGUGCGCGAUGAAUGCGUACGAGACGAAGAGCAGUUAAUACAGUAACUGCUCAGCGCCGGGUCCCCCACCCCCAUUAGAGGGCGCGCUCCGAGGGCCUAAUCAACGACCUCUUUCACGCGCAUGCGCGCUCUUGCCGCUGGCAUCAGGGCGUGCGUUUACGCGCACGCGCGCUCGGAGGUGGACGCCGUCUACGCGGCCAGUGUCUUCCCCGGGCGCACGCUUUGAGGCAGCGCCGGAAGAGCUAGCAGCGUGUUUCCCUCCAGGCCAGGAGACGUGACGCUUUCGCGCAGCUUGAUGACGACAUUUCGGCGCCGGGUAGCCGAAUGGCGGCUUCCAUCUCUUCGGAGAGCGGUGCGAUGGUGGUUUCCUAAGACGACCGUUUUAGACUCUCCACGGGAGGUUGUGAUGGCGUUUCCUCACCUGCAGCAGCCCAGCUUCUUGUUGGCUAGCCUGAAAGCUGACUCCAUAAAUAAACCCUUUGCACAGCGAUGUCAAGACUUGGUUAAAGUCAUCGAGGAUUUUCCAGCAAAGGAGCUGCAUGCCAUCUUCCCAUGGCUGGUAGAGAGCAUCUUCGGCAGCUUGGAUGGUGUCCUCGUCGGCUGGAACCUCCGCUGCCUGCAGGGGCGCGUGAGCCCUGUAGAGUACAGCAUUGCGAUGGAAUUUCUAGACCCUGGUGGCCCAAUGAUGAAGCUGGUUUAUAAACUCCAAGCUGAAGACUAUAAGUUUGACUUUCCUGUCUCCUACCUACCAGGCCCAGUGAAGGCGUCCAUCCAGGAGCGUGUGCUCCCCGACAGCCCCCUAUACCACAACAAGGUUCAGUUCCCCCCCGCUGGGGGACUCGGCCUGCACCUGGCCCUCAAUCCAUUCGAGUAUUACAUGUUCUUUGCUUUGAGCCUCAUCACGCAAAAGCCACUACCAGGGGCCCUCCAUGUUCGUACUUCAGACUGUGCCUAUUUCAUCCUAGUGGACAGGUACCUGUCAUGGUUCCUGCCCACAGAAGGCAAUGUGCUCCCCCCACUCUCCUCCAGUCCCGGCGGACCCAGCCCCUCACCAGCUCCCAGGACGCCAGCCAUGCCCUUCACUUCCUACGGCCUCCACCAUACCAGCCUCCUGAAGCGACACAUCUCUCACCAGACGUCUGUGAAUGCAGACCCCGCCUCCCAUGAAAUCUGGAGAUCAGAAACCCUGCUCCAGGUUUUUGUUGAAAUGUGGCUUCAUCAUUAUUCCUUGGAGAUGUACCAGAAAAUGCAGUCCCCGCACGCCAAGCUGGAGGUUCUGCACUACCGACUCAGUGUCUCCAGCGCCCUCCACAGCCCUGCCCAACCCAGCCUCCAGGCCCUCCACGCCUACCAAGAGUCAUUCACACCCACAGAAGAACACGUACUGGUUGUACGCCUGCUGCUCAAGCACCUGCACGCCUUUGCCAAUAGCCUGAAGCCAGAGCAAGUUUCUCCCUCUGCCCACUCCCACGCCACCAGCCCCCUGGAGGAAUUCAAACGUGCUGCCGUCCCCAGGUUAAUUCAGCAGAAGCUCUAUCUCUUCCUGCACGGCCACUGGCCCCUCGACACGUCAUUCAGAGCCGAGAGUGUGCUGGAGAUGUGGCUGAGCUACCUGCAGCCCUGGUGGUAUGCACCUGAGAAGCAGACUCAGAGCAGCGACAGUCAGGCCCGGGCUGUGUCGGAGAGAUGGGCACCCUUUGUGCAGGAAAACCUACUGAUAUACACCAAGCUUUUUGUGGGCCUCCUGGGCCGUGCACUCCGUACUGACCUGGUCAGUCCCAAGAACGCAUUAAUGGUGUUCCGAGUGGCCAAAGUCUUUGUCCAGCCCAACCUGGCUGAAAUGAUCCAGAAAGGUGAGCUCUUAGCUGGUUGGAAGCAGUGCUCAGAGAGGCCCCCAUGAACCUAGGAGGGUGGUGUGGGGUUCCUGGUGCGGAGUAGCAGAGCAGAGGGCUGAUUCUGGCUGCAUCCUGUCUUCCCCAUGGCUUGUAGGCUGGGCUGAGGGAUUGCAGGUGUGCCAUCAAGGAGGAGAGGCAUCUUGGUCCCUGUCACAUUUGUCUUAGCCAGCUUUGUUGGGUACUGGCUUAUCUUUGAGUUUCAGUUUUCCAUUUGUACUGGCUAGGGCUCCAGGAGCAUCAGGAGCUUUCUCCUGUGCGGCACAGCCCCAACCCCUUAGAAACCUCCCCAUUUGCUCUCUAGCUCAUGAGAUUUGACCUGAUGAGGCAGGAGAAAAGCAAGAGACAGGCACACUGGCCAACUUCACCUUUCUUUCAUAUUUUCAAGGCAGAAUUUGUACUCAGGACCAACCCCCUGCUUGUGCAGAGGAGACUUAAGGGACUGUAGACAAGUAAGCCCACAGGAGCUCUGGAGAGCACUGUAGAGUCCCCUCUCAGGUCAGCGACUCACCCCUUUAAGAGACACAGUAAAACUACCCUCAAGAUGAUGCCAAACCAGGAUUCCAGACCACAGACCUGAACAGUAGACAAAGAGGGGCAAGCACUCCACCGUGCUGCCCCCAUGCCAGUCUGAGACUCUCUAAACCACCAAAUUUCCCCCUCCUCCCACCCUCCCAACCUCCCUCCACUAUUCCAUUCCUGUUCUGAUGUUCUAAAAAUUCUAUUAAGUGGAGAAAGUAAAUGAUUUUUUAAAAAUUUAUUAUUUAUGCAUUCAAGAACUGGGGUACAGGCCAGAGGUGUGGGGGUGAGUGGGUGAAAGGAUUCACCAGAGAGAGUGGGGAGCAGAACAGGCAGAUCUACACUGCUGGGGAGCAGUGGAUGAGACAGGAGAGGUCUGCUGCACCAUGUAGGAUGCUCCCUGGUCAGCCAGGGAUCAAACUCAUGCAGCAGUGGCUGGCAAUAGCUUGAAAGUGCUGUCUUUAAUCCCUACGCCACCAAGGAAGCCCUAUUAUGUUGUCUUUUAUUGAUUUAUUGGCGCUCUUUACAUAUUCUGGUUGUGAGCCAUUUAUCAGAUAUGUCUUGCAUGUAUCUAUUCCAUCUGUGACUUGCCUCUUCACUCUCUCAAUGGUGUCUUUUGAAAAACAAAAAUUCUUAAUUUUAAUGUAGUCCAAUUUCUCAAUAUUUUCCUUUAGAGCAUCUGCCUUUUGUGAUCUGUUUGAGAAAUUUUUCCCCACUCAAGGUCAUACAAAUAAUUUAUCUUCUCAUGAAAUUUUCCUUUUUAACAUUCAUAUUUAAAGCUACAUUGUCGGGCCUCCCUGGUGGUGCAAGGGUUAAGCAUAGCACUGUGAAGCAGUCGGCAGUGGCCAGAUUGCUACCCACGUGGUGCAGCAGACCUCUCCUGUUUUGCCCACUGCUCCCCCAAGCAGCAUUUCAUUCAGUCUGCCUGUUCUGUUCCCCACUCUGUCUCUGAUGAAUCCUCUCACCUCUGCACCUCUGGCCUGUACCCCAGUUCUUGUAUGCAUAAAUAAAUAAAUCUUUUUAAAAAAUAAAGCUACAUUGUCUCUGGAGCUGAUUUUUGUACUUCGAAAAAGUUAGUUUCGAGAUGUGCCUUUUUACACACAGUCUGUCAAUUGACAUAGACAAGUUCAUUUUAUUUUAUGUUUAAAAAGAUUUAUUUAUGCAUACAAGAACUGGGGUGUGGGCCAGAGGUGCAGGGAGUGAGAGGAUUCACCAGAGUGAGUGGGGAACAGAACAGGCAGAUCCACUGAAAUACACGGCUGAUGGGAGCAGCGGGCGAGACAGGAGAAGUUGGCUGCGCAAUGUGGAUUGGGAUCCAACUAGUGCAGCAGUGGCUGGCAAUAACUUGAUCGUGCUGUGUCUUUAACCCCUGCGCCACCAGGGAGGCCCCAACCGGUUCAUUUUAAAAUGUGUUUUUAUCAUUAGUCUACAGAGCUUCCUUUCAGUAGAUCCUGUGUCCACAUAAGUGUGAGUCUGUUUUAGGGCUCUGAUCGUUGCCAUUGGUCUAGCGUCUAUUCUUGUUUCAAUAUUACUGUCUUAAUUCCUGUAGCUCUACAUUAAACUCUAUUCUAUAGAGUAGUUUCUUCUAUUUAGAUCACCUUUAUUUGGUUUUCAUGGCUUCAUGGUCCAUUGAGUUGUUUUUUUGUUUUGUUUUUUUUUUAAGAUUUAUUUAUUUAUUUAUACAAGCACUGGGUACAGUCAGAAGCGCGGGAGGGUGAGAGAAUUCACCAGUGCCAGAGCGGAGAGCAGAACAGGCAGACUGAUGAAGUACACUGCU